UUUGCUAGCAAAACGAAGCGUAUGCUUUUCUUCUCGUUUAUUUGUUACGGAUCUGAAAAUCUGAAAGAAAUAUCUAUAAUAUUUACAAAUUUAACAUUUUAAAGAUACGUUAUAUGUACCACGUCUUCAGAUAAUUCAACAUGGAACCUGCAGGCAAUUGGUGCCUCAUUGAAAGUGAUCCUGGGGUGUUCACAGAAUUAAUAAAAAAAUUUGGGGUUAAAGGCGUGCAAGUUGAAGAAAUGUGGACGAUAGAUGAUGGCAUUUUUGAUAAUUUAAGACCAGUCCAUGGGCUUAUUUUUCUCUUCAAGUAUUUGCAGCACGAGGAACCAUCCAAUGCCAUUGUGACAGACAAUCGACUUGAGAAAAUUUACUUCGCCAAACAGGUUAUUAAUAAUGCGUGUGCAACACAGGCAGUCGUAAGCCUGUUACUGAAUUGCAACCACCCAGACGUGUACUUGGGGCCUGAGCUAACGAAAUUAAAAGAAUUCAGCAUGUCAUUUAAUCCAAAAAUGCGUGGCUUAACUCUGAGCAAUUCAGACACAAUACGAAGUGCCCACAAUUCUAUGUCGCAACCAACUCUGUUUGAAUUUGAUCCCAAAUUGGUUACUAAGGAGGAAGAUGCAUUUCACUUUAUUGGGUAUAUGCCUAUAAAUGGUCGAUUGUAUGAGCUAGAUGGCCUGCGCAAUGGACCGAUAGAUCAUGGGCCUAUCGCAGCCGAGCAAGACUGGCUGGAUGUAGUUCGUCCGAUCAUCUUGAAGCGAAUUAAAACAUAUUUGGACGAUGAAAUCCAUUUCAAUUUGAUGGCGCUAGUCUCCGACAGAAAAAUGGUAUACGAGCGACAAAUAUACGAGCUGACAGACGUUUCGCAGAUAUGCAGAAUGGACACAGAAGACGUUGAAAACGAAAUCCGUAGACUGCAGAUGUUAAUAGAAUUCGAGGAUACAAAGAUGAUGAGGUAUCAACAGGAGCUUGCGCGAAGGCGGCACAACUACCUACCCUUCAUAAUAACACUGCUUCAGAUACUAGCAGAGGAGAAGAAGCUGUUGCCGCUGUACGAGAAGGCGAAGGAGCGCGCUUUGAAGAAGGAGGCGAAAAAAAUAAAAGCAUAACAGGAACUUCCGGGGGUGCGCCCCGCGGAACCGCCGCUUCCGCCGCGCACUUCUCGUAAAUCCCGAGCCCCGCGCACCCCUCGCCCCCCGCGCACCCCUCGCGUCCCCCGCACCGCCACGCGGACCUCGCGCCGCACGUCUCCCUCCAGCCCCUCGAGCCCCUCCCGCGUGCUGCCGGCCGCCGAUCAGAUGCAGUACUCCCUCACCGACUUGGACACGAUAUUCACGGACUCGCAGGAGGCGUUCAUCCAAAGCGCCGAGCAGCCACAACCGCUGCAGCCGAGCCCGACGGAGAUGCUGCCGGAACCGUCCGCGAUCACCGCCGAGGACUUCUGGAAGGACGUCGCCAUGGAGACAGGCUUGGAUGGCGAUCUCGACCUCCGCGACAUAUUCGACGAGGAGAUGGCGGCAUCGGCCGUAACGUUCGAGUCAAAUGACUUUUUCGCUGACACUCUAGGAUUUGGCGAUCCACAGCCCGAGGCGGAACGUGAAGCCGAGUAAUGCUUUAAAUGUUAUUCUACGUUAAUGCCUUUGGAGCAGCAAAUAGAUACUUUU